AUGGUGCCCACGUUGGCGUCUGCCGCGCGGACGCUCCUCCUGGUCCUCCUCUCGGUCCCGCUCGCCUCCUCGCGCGACUGCUCGCGUCCGGACCUCGACAGCGACAGCCUUGCGGGGUGCACUGCACUCCUGCUCGACUGCACCGAACGCCCAUCGGAGCAGGCUGCCAGGCCGCCGCCGGCCGACUGCGUGCUUGGCGCGGCUGCCCUGCGCUCGCUCCUGGGCGAGAAGCUCAAGGCGGUGGGCGGAGGUCUCAAGCGGCUGGGCCUGCGCGGCCAGCUCCUCGGUAGCAGCGAGGCGGUCGAGCUGCUCGCCAGCACGCUCGGCGCGCUCACCGCCCUCGAGUCGCUCGACCUCGCCGACACUCGGCUGGGCGACAAGGGCGUCGCGCCGCUCCUGGCCGCCCUGCCGGCCUCGCUCUCCUCGCUCGAUCUCGCGCACAACCGGCUCACCGACGAGGGUGCCAAGGCGGUUGCUGCUGCGCUCGGCGGCGGAGGCAGCAAGCUCUCCUCCAGCCUCCGCCUCUCGGAGCUGUCCCUCGCGUGGAACGGAGUCGGACCGCGCGGCGCGCGUGCGCUCGGCGCGGCGCUCGGCGCGGCGGACUGCCCCCUCGCCUCGCUCGACCUCGAGUGGAACGGGCUGCUCGACCGCGGCGCGAGAGAGCUUGGCGAGGCGCUCAAGACGAACGACAAGCUGCAGCGGCUAAGGCUCGGGUACAACGGAAUCAAGGACGCGGGCGCGGAAGGUCUGGCCGCCGGGCUGCGCCGCAACGCCGCCCUCGCCCACCUCGACCUCUCCAACAAUGGCGUGGGCAGCGACGCCGAGCGGCGGUGGCGCGCGGCGCUCGCGGCGACGCCACCGCCCGCGGAUCGCUCGGCUGGCGGCGCGGCGCGCGAGCCGGCGCGGCGCGAGCCGGCGCGGCACGUGGAGCCUCAGAGUGCGGACGAGGGCGACGAGGUGGAGGAGAUCUCAUUCGACGAGGACUAG